AUGUCCAUCGAACGGAAAUGCCAUGGUAGACUGGAGCACCAUCGUCGCCAAGUCGCCGACUACAGUGCCCUAGACGUCGAGAAAGCGCUAGAGGCAGUCAACUGGCUCGGCGGCGAGAAGAUGGAGGAAGUGGAGGAGUACGUCAGGAAGAGGGCUUGGAGGCGGGAGAAUGGGUAUGAGAGUGAUAGUGUGCAUGAGGAAGAUGAGGAGGAGAGGGAAAAGGAUGGAGACCGGGAUAAGAUUGAUGACUGGGAGGGAGAGGCUGAGGACGGCGACAGGUUCUUCCGGCUGGCUGUGUUCGGGGACUGGAGGAAGGGGGUUGUUAAAAGAGUGCGGGAGCAGUUUCGGUUGGCGGCGAGGAGGUUGGAGGCGAGGGGUGGCGUGAGGGCGGAGGGUGGGUGA